AUGGCUAAACCGAUGCCGCUGGAUGGCGGCUCCUACUAUGUUUGGCAAUAUUUGCCAUCCAUGGCCGCCGCGAUCAUAUUUUUUAUUCUUUUCCUCGCGACCACCUCUUAUCAUUUCUGGAAGAUUUUCAAGACCAGAGUGAAGUUCACGCUCCCUUUCGCCAUCGGUGGCAUAUUCGAAAUCAUUGGGUUUGGCGCCCGAAUCGACUCCCACAAUCACACGGACAAGGUGAUUCCUUACUCUAUUCAGUCAACUUUCAUUCUUCUUGGUCCAGCCCUCUUCGCUGCAUCAGUCUACAUGGUACUCGCUCGCAUCAUCCAAAGCGUCCAUGGAGAAAAGGAUUCUAUUGUUCCUGUGAAAUGGCUCACUAAGAUAUUUGUCACUUGUGAUGUUGUCACAUUCUUGAUGCAGGCAUCUGCGGCAGGGAUGAUGGUCAGUAGCGGUAUGGCCAGCAUCGGAAAAGGGGUGGUGAUUACUGGUCUAGCCCUACAAGUGGUCAGUUUCGGCCUGUUCAUUGCUACUGCCUAUAUAUCCUUGGUUAGGAUGCGCGCCCGCCCGACUAUCGAAGUACUCGAGGGUUGCGUACCCUGGAAGCAGCAUCUGAAAAGCCUCUUCGCCAUCAGCACGCUCAUUCUCAUACGGUCCAUUUUUCGAGUAAUUGAAUACGCCAUGGGAGAUGAUGGUUACCCAUUGAAGCAUGAAUGGACAUUGUAUAUCUUUGAUUCUGUUCCCAUGUUCUUUUCCAUGGUCAUCUUCGGUAUUUGGUAUCCUAGCGCGCUGAAAGCUUUUCUUGAGCGGCAAGUCUCUUCGAACGGUGUCACCAUACAGAUGAAAUGA